AUGCUGCCGUACCUGUUCCCUGAGCUGUCCACCUUUGCUACAGUCGCCGAUCUUAUCACCCACCUUCGCACUAGUGAUGCUCGCCUGCGUGCCGCCCUUCCCACCGAGUUCUGCGCUAAGAACCCCCCUCCACUGUACUGGACACUCCACUUCAUAGUCACCCGUCUCCCUGACACCCUCAGCUCAGUUCGAGACCACUUCCUUGCUCGCUGUCCCACUGAGCUCACAGUCGCCCUCCUAGAGGAGCAGCUGCUAGCGGCCGAAAAGAGCAUUGUAGCUGUCGGUGCUGCUCGUGGCGCUCCUCGCACCCCCAUCUUUGAGGGGUGUUCUCCCUCUCCCCUCGCUCCCUCCUACGCUACUGCUGCUGCUGUUGACUUCCUUGGUGCUGACUCCCAGCAGCAGCAGCGUCCCCAGACGACCCAGCAACUUCGUGAGUGGCUUGCUCAGCGUGGGACGUCGGGGGGCAGUGGCCGCUGUUCCUAUGUCAUUCGCACAGGUGACCGCAAGGGACAGACGUGUGGGAGGUUCCACACCCCGUACCGCUGCUUCUCCCGCCUUGACGACGCUUGGCGUGAGGAGAUGGGCGAGGAUGUUGAGCGCCCCCGCUGGGCUGAGCUCAUGAGGGCUGGUGUUGAUAUCUUUGCUCUUGACUAUGAUGCUAUUAUUGCUGCCAUGUAUGCAUUGACUGUUAGUGCCGAGGGAGACUGUUACUUGUGUGUGCCGCCUGACCCAGGUAUAGAGCCCGCUGCCCUGGGUACUAGUGAGUCUGCUCUCUCUGGUAUGGUGCCCCCUGUACUUGCUCCCUCCAGUGCUGUCCCGACUGUUUGCGAGUCUGCUCUCUCAGGUACAGCACCCACAGAGACUGCUCUCUCAGGUACCGCACCGGCUGAGGCCUGUCACACCUUCACCCUUGACUCAGUCCUUGCCCAGUCCACCACUGUGCUCCCUUGUCCGGCGGUUCCGUCUGGCUCGUUGUCGGGUUUCCACCUCCCCUCGUUCUCGACGAACCUGACCCUCCACCUGGACGUGUGGGGCCCAGCCCGCGUUCGUGGCCAGGGCGGUGAGCGGUACUUUUUGCUGGUUGUCGACGACUACUCGCGUUACACCACGGUCUUCCCCUUGCGCACCAAGGGUGAGGUCCCUGCUGUUCUGAUCCCUUGGAUCCGCACAGUUCGUCUCCAGCUCCGCCGCCGUUUCCGGACGGAUCUUCCUGUCCUGCGUCUGCACUCUGACAGAGGUGGUGAGUUUUCCUCCGAUCUCUUGAGGACCUUCUGUCAGGCGGAGGGCAUCGAGCAGACCUUCACGCUUCCGGACUCCCCACAGCAGAAUGGGGUUGCUGAGCGCCGCAUUGGCCUGGUCAUGGAGGUCGCUCGUACCUCCUUGGUCCACGCGGCGGCUCCCCAUUUUCUGUGGCCGUUUGCUGUCCGGUACGCCGCGCAUCAGCUCAACCUCUGA